AUGGCCGCCGUGCAGUCGGGCGAGAAUGGCACGGGAGCCACUGUGAGCAGCAUGGCGACGCACCUUGACUCGCUGCCAGCAGCUGGCGGGCCGAUGGUGGUGGUGUCACACCUCACCCCCGGCAUCCCCAUCACGGCGGUGGCAGGCCACGUGGCUGUGCCCACGCCGGGCAUGCCUGCUGCAGCUGAGAUUGCCGAGCCGCUGGUCGACAUGGAGCACCUGGAGGAGGGCGGCUCUAGCGGGUUUCUGGCAAACAUCACAAAGGCAAUCGGCAUGCCGGGCGGCCUGCGGCCCCAGCCCCGCCUCAAUCAGCUGCGCGCGGAGGUGGCGGCGCUGCAGGGGCGGGAGCAGCAGCUGGCGCAGCAGAUGACGGAGAUGACGGAGGAGGCGCACCUGCUGCGCGCGCAGCUGGCGGCGCGGGAGGAAGCCGCCGCGCAGCUGGCGCAGGCCAAGCGCGCCGCCGAGGCGGCGGCCGAACAGAUGAGGCAGCAGCUGGAGGCGGCGCAGGCGCAGGUGGCGGUGGCGGUGGAGCAGGCGGCGUUUGCUCAGGAGGCGGCGGCAAUGGCGCAGGAGGAGACGGACCAGACAGAGGCGUACCGCCUGGGGCUGCAGGAGGCGCUGCUAGACCUUCAGAACGAGCGCAUGCACCGGGAGCAGCUGAAGCUAGAGAUCCUGAACGCCGAGCACUCGUCGGCGGCUGCCAAGAAGCUGGCGGCGGAGGUGCAGGCGCUGCAGCGCAAGCUGGCGGGGGUGGUGAAGAAGCAGGUGGCGACGGCGGCCUCCCUGCAAUCCAAGCUGGAUCAGGCCACCUCUGAGUGCACGCAGCUGCGCGGCCAGCUGGCGGCGGCCGAGCAGAAGGCUGCCAACUUUGAGACCCAGCUCGUGAUGGCGGCCGGCGAGCGGGGGCGCCUGCAGGAGCGGUGCACCCAACUGGAGGCGGAGGUUGAGUCGGUGCGCUCUGCCGCGGCGGCAGAGCAGCUGAAGAUGUCGAGCGUGUGGUCCGCCAGGGUGGACGAGGCGUUGCAGCAGGCCGCCGCCGCCAAGGCGCAGGCAUCGGCAGAGGUGCAGCGCAACGCCGCGCUAGAGCAGGAGUCGCACAUCCUGCAGCUGGCGCUGGACCGCGCCAAGGAGGAGGUGGAGCUGGCCCGGCUGUCCAUGAGCGACGACCAUGCGGCCUCCGAUGAGCUGCUGCGCCGCAUGGAGCACGACCUGCAGGUGGCUGCCCAGCAGGUGCAUGAGGCCACCCUGCGCGAGCAGCAGGUGCUGGCAGAGCUGAAGGAGGCAACUGAGGCGGUGAAUGUGUUGUACAGCAAGGCGAUGGGGCCAGAUGCGCAGCUGAGGACGCUGCCAGCCGGCCAGUCGGCAUUCUCGCAGCAAGCUGCUGUGCCACAGGCGCCGCCGGCGUUGGCGGGCGAGGCUGCCGCCCUAGCCAUGCAGCUGGAGCAGGCUCGCCAGGAAGCUGCGGAGGCCCAGGCGGCGGCGCAGGCCGCGAAGAGCCGCAGCAUGCUCCUGGACAAGGCCUGGGCUGCUGCUUUGGAUGACUCCAAGGCUCUGCACGCCGAGCGGCGCGAGCUCAAGGCCGCGCUGGCUCAGUCGCAGCGCGAAGCGCUGGCGCUGGCUGCCAAGCUGGAGGCCGCGCGCCAGCAGGCCUCGAACGCACAAUCCCUGGCAGACCAGCUGGAGGAGGCUCGCAUGGAGGUGGCGGCAGCCAAGGCGCUGGCCACCAAGCUGGCCGAAGAUGCUGUGUCCGCGCACGAGGAAGGCCGUGGCUCGCUGCUGCAGCAGGCCUGGCCCGGCAUGCCGAUGUGGAAGGGCACAUCCAACGCAAUGACGCAGUAA